AUGGGUAAUGAUGUUCCUCGCCUCUCGGCCGAAGAAAUCAAGAAUCGGCAAAUUCAAAAGGUGGAUUUGGAGCUGAGAAGAAAGAUGCAAAAAGGAACCCGAUAUAACAUGAAAGUGAUUUUAAAGGGUGAACGAAAUUGUGGUAAAUCCAUGCUGUUCAAACGCCUUCAGGGUCUACCAUUUAGCGAAGCCUAUAUUCCUUCAACGGCCAUAUCCACGGCUCAUAUUCAUUGGAAUUAUAAAGUGAGCGAUGAUAAUGUUGUUGUAGAAGUGUGGGACGUAGUAGACAAGGGAAAAUUAAGUGGAACCACUCAUUACGAAGAUGCUGUUAUCGAGGAUGAGGACAAUACUCCUACUUCCGAACAGCUUCAAUUGAAAGCACAAGCAUUAGCAAAAUCUCAUGAAUUUGACAUGAUGAAACAUAAACAGGGUGUAGCUAAUUCUCCUUCAGGAGGCUCUGGAUCACCAAUAUUUGGAGACCAUCAAUUGACAGUUAUUGAUGCUCAUAUUGUGGAUGUCUAUAAGCAUUGCAAUGCUGUUUUACUUGUUUUUGACAUUACCAAGCCAUGGACAUGGGAAUAUGUGAAGAAUGAAUUUCCAAAGGUUCCACCUGGUGUGGAAAUUGCUGUAUUAGCAAAUUGCAAGGACUUGGAGAGCAAACGAGUGGUCACACAAAACGAAGUCCAAGAGUUUUGCUCAAAACGUGGAGUCAAUGUUAUUGAAUGCAGCAGUUUGAAUUGUUAUGGACUGAAAAACCUUUACACAUGGCUCAAUAUUCCAUUCUUGAAAAUGAAAAUUAACAUAACGAAGCAACAAUUACAACUUUUAGAGGAAGAGUUAGACUUUGGAAAGGAAGAAGUUGAGUUAACUUUGAAAGCUUCCAAUUACAAUGAUUAUCUCCAAAUGCUAAAAGAAACCAAGAAAAAGACGACUAUUGGCUUCACUGAAGAGCUGGUAAAUAGAAAGACAGCUGUAAGAAAAUCAGUACCUGCCAAUUCGCCACAAGGCACAACCAUUUCUCAGCAACAAACUCCUCAUCAGGGUACUAUGAUUCAAAAUCAACCCCAAAGUCCUCCACCACCACCACAACAACAAACUCAGCCACAAACAAAACCACCAAGUUCCGUUACUCCACAAAACACUCAACCUUCAAGAACUGCCCAGGUAUCUCCACCUACAACUACGAUGCAUCAAGAAAAACCUAAAUCUGGUGGCUUCUUCUCUGCUGCCCUGUCAUAUUUUGGUGGAGGCACUAGUUCACAAAAGGAACAGCCCCAAUCCAAAGCAGAAAAAAUUGUUAUUCCUCAAUCAACUCCUUCACAAGAAAAAGUCGAUCUUAAUACCUUUUAUGCAGGAGACGCAGAAGAAGCAUUCUACUCAGACGAAGGAGAAAAUAAUGCUAGCACCAACGUGACAACUAAUCGUUCUCUCGACGAUGAUGAAGAAUCAAUUACUCAGCCUCCAAAGAAGGCUGUAAAAAAGAAAGGCUCAAAAAAGAAAGCUAAAGCAUCUAAAAAGGUUGAGAGUGAAGAUGAAGAAGACGUGGAUGAGGAAGAGGAAGAUGAAGACGAAGAUAAUGACAGACCAAUGAUGGAUCAAAGUGUCAAUGAAUCUAUGGAAGAAUUAUAUGUUCCUGUGGCAAAGCAAUCAUUUAGAAAACCUACUACAACCUCUGCCGUUCCGACCACCAAACAAGCAUCUCCUGUUGCUCAACAACCUCAAAAACAACCAGAAACGGUUAAAAAGGAAAUUCCUGUUCUCUCGAAGGAAGAGAUUGCUGACGAUGAUGCUGGCUUCUACAGUGACGACAAUGAAGACUCAAAUAAGGCUGCAUCUGUGCAUAAGGAAGACAAUUUGGACUCUUUCUAUAAUGAUGAAGAAGAAGAUGAAGAGGCACCUAAAAAAAUCACUGCCACUUCUUCCUCCACAGCAAAACCAUCGACACCAGUCACGUCCACAGAGGCAAAGGGCUAUGCUACCAAGAAAGAGGACAAUUUGGAUUCAUUCUACGACGAUGAAGAUGAGGAAACAAAAGAGACAAAACCUCCCACUGAGGAAAAGUCAGUCGCUACAGCCACCAUUUCAUCUCCACAGCCUAUUAAUUCUGAAUCAGUCUCUGUGAGUAAGCCCUUAUUCUCUUCAGAACGAUUCUAUGACGAGGAUGAAGAUGCCUCUCCUGUGGUUACAGAAAAGCCAAAGAAGAAAAAAACGACAACAACGAAAAAGAAAUCAUCAGCAGCCUCUGGUGAAACAACAGAAACAAAGAAGAAAACUAAAAAGAAGAAGGCGCCAACAACAGCAGCCACCUCUGAGGAUGCACCCAUGUCAAGAUCUCGACCUGCUACUGGUUACGAAGAAAUAUAA